CUCGACGUGGCAGGAAUUCCCCGAAAUAUUUCUACAUGUCGAUUGAUCGGUCGCGGAAUCUAGGGUUCUAAGAUGAGCUGCUGCUCGAUCCAGGCGCUUGGAACAGCAGCACCAGCAGCAGCCAGGUUUGAUCUCCAUUCUCAUCGUGCUCGCCUGGAGCUCGUAUUUCACACUCCAUUCGAUUUGCCGCCGGUAGCUCCUGUCCGGACAUGCUCGCUAGGAUUCUUCAAGAAGAUCACAUCGCUCGCCGGCGCUCCUGGAAAUCCUUCUAAGCCGCGAGGGGAGUCGGGAAAUCCGAUAGAGUCCACUCCAUUCACUGGCGCGGGCGGCGGCAGUGGCGGUAAUCGGGGUAACAGCGGCAAUGAUUCUGGGUUCCAGGAACACGAUGGAUGGGAUUUCUCGCUCCCUUCUGGGAGAGUUAGUUCUUCCAUGGUGGAAGAAACACAGGAAGAGGAAUCAUCGUCCUCGGUCCCGGCAAGGAUUAGAGCGUUCUACUGCGUAAAUGUCGGUCCUGUUAGUGAUGAUCAUGGGUGGAGAGCUUUCGCUAGGGAGGAUGAACUGUGGGGGCCUUGUUUGCUUCCUUGCUUCGUCCAGGCUGAUAUCACGAGCCAGCUAGUGCGCCGGGGAUGCUAUGGUGAUAGGAACACUUUGGUUUGGAUCAAGGAAGAGGUGGAGAACUGGUAUCGUCGACAGGGGUUUGGAUUGGCCAAAGUGAGAGGCUUCACUGGAUCCUCAACUGGAGUGUUAUGCUGCAGGGUCAGCGAAGGAACCAUCACUGACACUAGAGUUUCCUUCAAGGAUGUGGAGGGUAAUGCGAUCCAGGGUCUAACUUCGAGAGAAACUAUCUUUCGAGAGCUUCCACGAACUGUGAUGGAAGGGAUGCCUUACAACAGUAAUGCGAUCAAGCAAGCACUGCAAAGCUUGCGGCAGCUCCAACUUUUUGAAAAAGUAAACGUGGAUGUCAGGAGGAAUGAUCUGGAUGGAGUUUCGCUUCGAUUCUUCAUCCAAGAAAAACCGCAGGAUGCGUGCGACUUCCAAACGGGAUUGAGCUUCUUUUCUUCCGAUUCUGGAAAGCCGAUCCUGGCUUCGAUUCGACCAGCUGGAACUCUGUCCGUAGAGCACCGAAACAUUGCCGGGAAGAACAGAACUCUGCAUGGAUCUAUCAACUCAAACGAUCUUUUGCGUCCUCAAGAUGACUCUCAAUUUAAGUUGGAGUAUGCUCACCCGUAUGUUGACGGCCCGAAAGACAAGAUUUUUCGAGUCGGCUGUUACAAUUCGAGGAAGCUGACGGCGGUUCUCUCGCAUCCCACGAGUCGAGAGCAGACGCCUGUGGUUUGGGUGGACCAUGCUGGGUUCAAAACAGGCAUCACAGAGAAACUUUCCAAAGGGAGCAAGCUAGUUUACGGGUUCGUGGUAGAAGAAGUGUCAACACGGGACGUUCUUGGACCGGUGCAAACGCUUGACGAUCGAGACUUGUUAGCAGAUGGUAUCGAUCGCGUCCCGUUUCUCAACGUCAAGAUCACUCGAGACAACACUCGUCUCGUGCAUCGUGCGCGAGUCGGGGCAAUUGAUACAUUCCAGGUUGAUCAAGGUGUCGGCCUUGGCAGCAAGACGACGUCGUUUUUCAACAAGCACCUCCUCUCGACGACGAGAUUCUUGCCGCUGCCUUCCACUACUCCCGACUCCUUUCCGCUGGUGAUUCUCCGAGCACGCUAUGGUGGCAUGUUGGGGAUGGCUCCAAGCUAUCUAGCUUUUGCAAAUCCUCGCGCUUCAAACGCAAGCUGCUGGAGCUUUUUCGAGCUAAUGGCCGAAGCGCGCGUUCCAAUCCGGAGGCAGCACUACGCUUACAGUUAUGUCGAGUCCUUCGCAGCUCUCGAUCGAGGAGUAAGGUUUUGGAGGAACGAAGACACUGGGAUCCUUUUGGGGCUGGGUGUAAAGGUGGGUGAGAUUCGCGCGGAGUACGUGUUUGAUUCGUCCACGAGGACGGGGUCUCUAAACGUCCAAAUGGGAGACCGGGUUUGAUAUUCUCAGAAUGCGCCACCCGCGAUUCUUCCAAUCCUCUUUUGUGUACGUUCAAAACGAGAAAAUUAGUUGAGAGGAUCUCAAUUUGGCACACAUUAUUGCUAUAUAACAGUAUCAAUUGUGCUUUAAUUUCUUGCAAA